AAGCUGCAGGUACAGACAGCUCAGCUCUCAUGUGUGACAACUUCAAGCCAAAGUUCUUUAGAAAACUGCGGGGUGUGUUCAGUGGGCUUCAUGGCGCUCCUCACCAACGCCACCGUCGUCCUGGUCCUGGCUUGCCUUUCCCAUCAGCUGGUUUUGGGCGGCUGUCAGAAGAGCCAUGGGCGGAGGGGAGGAGGUGACAUGGAAAGGUUUCAGCAAAGGGCUGGUCGCCAACCCAAAUCUGUCUCUGCACAGCCAUUUAAAGGCAAACUGGUCACCAAAGACAAGUCAGAGUGUAACUGGGCUGCAACAGGUGAGGACUUGGUCAUCCUUAAUGUCUCCUGCAAGAAGGGGGACCGAAGCUUCAGCUGCGAGUACUCUGCCAGACCAGCUGUUUGUCCCCAGUAUGCCUCUAACACUGAACUCUACUGGAAGCAGAUUUCUAGGUCACUAAAGAAGCAAAAGAGCCUGUGUCGGGACAAUGGUGCAUUGAUAAAGGCAGGCGUGUGCAGAAAAGCUGCCAGAGAGGCUCAUUUCAGGAUCCAUGUUGCACAGAGGAGAACUGCAUCACCUUAUACUCCACCUUUUGCUGCCAGAGCUGUCAAAUCCUGUCAGCCUGCUAACAAGAAGCUGGCAGAGGAGUUCUGCAGCAACUCCUGGUCGAGCCUCUGCACCUUUCUUUUCACUGCGGUGAAGGAUUAUGACUGCUGAGGCUGAAAAAAGGAGUCAACUGUUACACAGUUUUAUCGAAACAAUACAUUAUGUAAAGCCUCUGAACAGAUGCUUCAUGCUUAACAUAUGAUUCUUUCACAUUAGUUUGACUUUUACAUACAGGACUGUCUCAGAAAAUUAGAAUAUUGUGAUAAAGUUCUUUAUUUUCUGUAAU